AUGGAUCCUGACGACUACAUGAAUCCAUAUCAUCCUUCCUCGAGCUAUGUCAAUCUGUUACAAAUUCAGCUUGAAACACAAAACCUCGAAUACAGUCCUUUCUUAAGUCCAUGUUCUGAAGCUCCAUUUGAACCUGCAUCACCUCAGGAAAACCGCAAGUCAAGGCAUGCAUGGUUACCAGCUGAUGAUAUCAUGCUUGUCUCCGGUUGGCUCAACACCAGCAAGGAUCCGGUUAGAUCUAAUCAGCAAAGACUUGGUGCCUUUUGGGGAAGGAUUGCGGAUUACAUUGCAAAGUGUUCGAAUGCUGUGGGUCGGCCAAAGAGGGAGGCGAGCCAUUGUAAGCAGAGGUGGGGGAGGAUAAACGACUUGGUGUGCAAGUUCGUUGGUUGUUACGAGGCUGCUACAAGAGAGAAGUCGAGUGGGCAGAAUGAAGAUGACGUGAUGAAGUUAGCACACGAAAUAUUCUUCAAUGAUCAUGGACAUUGGUUUACCUUGGAGCAUGCUUGGCGAGACUUAAGGUAUGAUCAAAAAUGGUGUGCGUCCAUACCUACUAAAGGCAAUGGACAGCCGGUUAAUGAUAUUGAUGGAUCACAGCCACGUCCUCAAGGUGUUAAGGUCGCAAAGGGAAAACUCAUAAAAACCUCUAACACCCAACCGAUUGAUGUGGAGGAAGAUGGAAAAGCUUACUUGGAGUUCCAGCUGGAUCGUGUGUCGAAGAUGUAUGAGAUGAAGCAGAAGGAUUUCGAACUGAAAGAGAAGGAGUUUGCUAUGAAGAAAGAGAAUAUGAAGCAUGUGAUGCUUGAUAAUCUGAUUGCUAAAAAGGAUUCACUAACUGAAUCUGAGAAAGCUCUUAAGGACAAGCUAAUUCAAGACAUGAUGUCAUCAGUUUGA